AUGGAGCGUCCCACUGCUAAGACGAUGGAUUGUUUUGUAGAGUUCGAUUCGACUGAAGACGCUGAAGAGACGGCGAACCGAAUCAACCGCAUCUAUGAAUGUGGACGUGCGCCUCGACUCGGCAAUAGGCACGUUGAAGUUGAGAUCAGCAACCAAGAGGACCUGCUGAAAGAUUUGUUUCCACGUGCAAAGUGCAUAAGCUGGGAAAAUGGUACGCCUAAAGUCGUGGAGAAUACUGACAGAUAUUCCACCGGCUUUACUGGCUUUUUUACCAGUGAAGAGAUCAUCGGCGCCAUUCGUCACGCUGAAAUGCCUCAACGUUCUCCAUUCGGUGCCAAGUGUCCCCAGCGUACUUACGAAUCUACCAUAAGCACGCUCUAUAAGUUUCCUUGGUAUGCAACCGACAUGUACACCGUGCAUGACCGUAAUCAGCUAUUCGAAUUGACAAACCGUCACAUACGUUCUCUGGUGUCACGGAUGGAAAAGUCCAAGACCGUUGGGCUUGACCAGCGUCUGCUCCGCGAGCUCCUCUACGCCGGCCUAAAUUGCCCCGCAUUCAAUGAGCGCCAGAAAUAUACUCUUUGCACUCACGCCGGCGAGAAAAGCGAGAUACUCAAGUUGGGAGACAUGAGCAAGUGGUUCCCCUUCGAUACUCUGGUCUACCUGCCUGGCUUUGACUAUGACACCUGCGCGUUGUAUGCCAGUGUGAUCGCAAACGGUAGAUUCGAAGGCGCCUGCCGCGAGUUUCCGAACAAUUUCCCUGCUGACAAUACCACUCUCAUAUCACCCUUCGGUCGCAUUUGGUUUGAGUGGCCAACCGAUGUCGCUAAGAAUACUCUGUGGGUUGAUGCCGUUAAUCGUGAGACCAAUGUGCUCAACUGCCUUCUUCAGAGCGGAUCCAUGGGAACAAUCCACAGACCACUUUCAAUGGCUAGUACCUCAAGCAGUGUUUCCCCCACCUCUCCAAUCACUGAUAAAAGUGUGCCCCGAAACGAGAAUGUGUCCCGGGUCAGCGUUUUGCAGGCCUCAUCGCGUCGUGCCAGCGAAUGCUGGAACAGCGGCAGCGGCAGCGCCCUUCUUGAUACCGAAGGCAUUUGGGGUCAGAAAGUAUUCUUUAGCCCUCCAAAGAAAUUCCGAGCUCCUAGCCACCGCAUCACCCAUUCAUCGCCCAACUGUCUCAAAGACUUGAACCAGUGA